ACUCAAUACUGAUGGUGAUUCUCGUCCGUUGUCUGGUCGACUGGAGAUCUAUAUCAACAACCAGUGGGGGACAGUCUGUGACAAUGGAUUUCAACAAGCUGAGGCAGAGAGGGCUUGCAGACAACUUGGGCUUCUGGGAAAUCUUUAUUAUGGCAACGUUGGGGACCUUCGCUUUGGUCAAGGUGUUGGCCCCAUCUGGAUUGAUAAUAUCAACUGUAAUUCAUCAAAUCAGACUCAGACUAUUGCCCAGUGUGCCUCUGGAGCAGCAAUUGCAUGGUACCCAGAUGUGUACCCACGGUGAUGAUGUAGCACUGGUCUGUCUUGGAGAGGGCUCUGUGCGACUGAGGUCUAUUAUUGGAGGGCUGGGAUCAACGGGUCGGAACGUGUCUACUGGUCUACUGGAGGUGUACGCUGGGGGUGAGUGGGGGACCGUGUGUAAUGACCUGUUUGACCAGACGUCAGCUGACUUUGUCUGUCGUCAAAUGGGAUAUUCUCCUUUAAACGCCUUUGGCAGUGUUACAUCAUCGAGCAACCUGUCGAUUCUAUUGGACAAUGUUCAGUGCACAGCAAAUGAUGACUUUCUCCUCCUCUGUAAUCACACCGGUAUCGGGUCACACAACUGUAGCAACUCAGACCUGGAGUUGUCCUGUACAACUUGUCUCUCGUUGACUGCCCCUGAUGAUGGUAGCAUAUUAUCGUAUGACCCGGCUGCUCUGGCCAAUGGCGAGUAUGGUGUGCGCACGAUAGCCACGUUCUCUUGUGACACUAACUUCGGUUGGUCGGGAUCCCCCAACAGCACGUGCGUGGGUGACAACACAUGGUACAUCGAACCCAUCUGCUAUGCAACCUGUCCCCCGUUGACUGCCCCUAAUGAUGGUAGCAUAUCAUAUGACCUGGCUGUUCUUAGCAAUGGCUGGCAUGGUGUUGGCGUAGUAGCCACGUUCUCUUGUGACACUAACUUCGAUCUGUCGGGAUCCACCACCAGCACGUGCCAGGGUGACCACACAUGGGACAAUAACGAACCCACCUGCCAACCAACUUGUCCCCCGUUGAUUGCCCCUGAUGAUGGUAGCAUAUCGUAUGACCUCGCUGUUCUUAGCAAUGGCGGGUAUGGUGUUGGCGUAGUAGCCACGUUCUCUUGUGACACUAACUUCGAUCUGUCGGGAUCCACCACCAGCACGUGCCAGGGUGAUAACACAUGGGACAAUAACGAACCCACCUGCCAAGCAACCUGUCCCCCGUUGACUGCCCCUAAUGAUGGUAGCAUAUCGUAUGAUCUCGCUGUUCUGACCAAUGGCGGGUAUGGUGUUGGCGCAGUAGCCACAUUCUCUUGUGACACUAACUUCGAUCUGUCGGGAUCCACCACCAGCACGUGCCAGGGUGACCACACAUGGGACAAUAACGAACCCACCUGCCAAGCAACCUGUCCCCCGUUGACUGCCCCUAAUGAUGGUAGCAUAUCGUAUGACCUCGCUGUUCUGACCAAUGGCGGGUAUGGUGUUGGAGUAGUAGCCACAUUCUCUUGUGACACUAACUUCGAUCUGUCGGGAUCCACCACCAGCACGUGCCAGGGUGAUAACACAUGGAACAAUAACGAACCCACCUGCCAAAAUAUAACAGUGAGCACUGAAGAUGAAAAUGUGAGACUGAUAGGUCUCGAUGGCCAUACUAGAGGAAUGGGUGGGCGUGUGGAAGUCGAUAUAAAUAGUGUGUGGUACACAAUCUCCGUGACCUCAGCCACGCUUCAAGAUACGGACGUUAUUUGUCGACAGCUGGGCUUUCCAACUGGCUUGUAUUAUGGUAGUGUGGCAGAUUUGGGAUAUUAUACAAGUACUUCUACUCGUGUGGUCAGCAGUCUUAGCUGUAAUGGGUCUGAGAGCAGAGUGUCCGACUGUCCCUACUCCUUAUUCCCUAUUAACAUAGCCGGUCCAUUCAACUAUCUGGCAGUGUUGUGUGGGGGCACACGGUACAGCCAAGAAAGUGCUAUAGAGGGUGACAUUCGACUCAACACUGAUGGUGACUCUCGUCCGUUGUCUGGUCGACUGGAGAUCUAUAUCAACAACCAGUGGGGGACAGUCUGUGAUCAUGGAUUUGAACGAACUGAGGCAGAGAGGGCUUGCAAACAACUUGGGCUUCUGGGAAAUCUUUAUUAUGGGAACGUUGGGGAUCUUCACUUUGGACAAGGUUCUGACCCCAUCUGGAUUGAUAAUAUCAACUGUAGUUCAGAACCAAGUCAGACCAUCGCCGAGUGUGCCUCUGGACCAUUUGGUGUCCAUGACUGUAGCCAUAGUGAUGAUGUAGCACUGGUCUGUCUUGGAGAGGGUUCCGUGCGACUAAGGUCUAAUGGAGGGCUGGGAUCAACUGGUCAGAACGUAUCUACUGGUCUACUGGAGGUGUACGCUGGGGGUGUGUGGGGGACCGUGUGUAAUCACCUGUUUAACCAGACGUCAGCUGACCUUGCCUGUCGUCAACUGGGAUAUUUAUUUUCAAACAGCUUUGGAAAUGUUACAUCAUCCAGCAGCAGCCUGCCGAUUCUAUUGGACGAUGUACAGUGCACAGCAAGUGACGAGUAUCUCCUCCUCUGUAGUCACAAUGAUAUCGGGUCACAUAACUGCAGUCACUCAGAGGACUUGGAGUUGUCCUGUUCCUCUGAAGCUAGUGAUUCAGUAUCUAACAUCGGUGUUAUAGUGGGCGUUUCCACCGCUGUCCCUCUCAUUCUUAUCAUCUUGUUUCUCGGCACCGGCUGGGCUCUGUGCCACUUGUACUACUACAAGAAGACUGGAUCAUCUAAAUCCAAUCAAGUGGCUGCGGCUGCCUGCUCUCUGGAGAACGAACAACCCCCAGCUCCCUACCCAUCUGGCAUAGUAGAGGCUCCAUAGCCUCGCGUAAAAGAUACCCGACCUAUUAUAAUAUUAUAUAUUUUUAGCCCAACCUUGUGCGACUAUUACAUGAACUAUACCAUGUUUUCACUAUAAUUAUUGUGCAAUCAUG